CACUACGCAAAACACGUUUACGCUCCAAACAAUCUUGCGUCAGCUCCUUGACACGAUUUCUCAAGAAGCGUCUAAGAUCGUCGGGAAUAAUCUGGAAGUGCCUCAGCCAUGUCUGAUGAGGAGGAAGACGACAAGCAAGUCACUGUUGUGAAGAAUGCAACGGACCUGCAACGAUUAAAGCUAGAGAAGCUUAUGAAAAACCCUGAGAAACCUGCUUUCAUCCCAGAGCGACCAAAAGAUAAAAGAUUCUCUGAUCCAGCUGAAUUUGUACGCAAUGUCAUGGGAUCCAGUGCUGGAGCUGGUAGUGGAGAAUUUCACGUUUAUCGCCAUAUAAGACGGAGAGAAUAUUCUCGUCAGGAAUUUUUACAGCACUCUAAAGAGAAGGAUGAUUUGGACAGAGACUACCAUUACAAACUGGAGGAAAACAGAAGAGCGGUUGAAGAGAAAGCUGCAAAGAAUAGAGCAAAGAGACAUCGACAGAAAGAGAGACAAAAAGCAAAGAGACAGAAGCUGAAAGAAAUGAAGAAAAAAGGAAUAUCUCCAGGAAAAGAAAGUUCAUCAUCAUCAGAAGUAGAAAGUGAUGCAGAUGAAGUAGAAGUGCCACCUGUUAAUAAUGAUUUGAAGAUCAAUAAAGAGAAAGAAUCAAGCUCAGACAUUGUAGAAGUCAAAACUGGUGACAUUAUAGAAAAGAAUAGUAAUGGAAAAGAAGAAGCAAUAGAGGAAGAGCAAAGUGAGGCUGUGGAUAAACAAGACAGAGAGGAAAACAUUUCUAAUAAGGAUUCUUGAAUGCAAUAAAGAUGCAAAAGUACAAAUUGCUUUCUUAGAAGGACAAAUCAUUGCACUCUUAACACUUUGGCAUAUUUUUUAAUUUACUGUACAAGCAAGAGUGGUUAAUAAAAUCAUAAAUAUUAAAAGUUAAGUGCUUAAGAGUGGUUAAUAAAUAUUUUCACUGUGUCAAAGUUAUAUUUUAUUUAAUUCUUAGCCCAUGAUAACACUGAUGAAUUGAGACAUUUUGUGCUGUGAUAAGGCUAAUAAAGAUAACAUUUGACACCUAAAUUAGACAAGGGAUUGCUAAAAGGAUAAUAUGAUAUGAAAUUUGUUGCCAAAGUUUAUACACAAAAUAAUAACCUUUUAAAACUAUACAGUAUAGUAUGUGUAAAUUACACUGCAUCACACAUUAUGAAUGUCAUUUCUUAUUUUUUUGCACUUGACUAUGAAUUCAUUCAAUAUAUUUUUGCUCUAUAUACAGUAGCUGUAUUGUACAUAUGCUAAUAUUCAGAAAACAACUCCUUUCCCAGUCCAUAAUUUAAUGUUAUUGCCAUUUAUUUUAUAUCUUGAUUAUUUGCACAUAUUUGAAAUUUUAAAUUUUGUCUUUUUAUAUAGGAAAUGUUAAAAUAUCAACAAAUAGUUAAAUUUUAAAUAAUUUGUAUAUGCUAGUAAAUAGUGCAAUUUUGUCCGUUAUUUUAAGUUCAGCUGAAAAUGCUUUGCAUAAUUGUGGCUUCAUUAUUGUAUGUAACUCCUGUCACUACAAUUGUACUUUACUCUUAUGUUCUUUAUACACCCAUUCUUUUUAAUAAAAAUUAUUAUUAUUA